GCUAUCUUUUACCGGAAGCCGGAGCGCGUAAUGAUGAUGUCACUACCGGAACACACACUGCCGUUUCCGCCAGGAACUAGGGACUCGGAUUCAGGAAUGAGCUUUCUGAGUGGGGUGUGAGGAGCUGCAGCAGGUAGAUGUUUCAUUAUGGCUGCUGUGAGCUUUGAGGAGUUUUCUGUCCCGCCUGGGUCUGAGCUCGCUCUUCCACCGCUUUUUGGUGGGAACAUCUUGGAGAGUGAACUAGAAACAGAAGUUGAGUUUGUUGAUGGAGGCCUCAGCGGUGAUAACAUACAAGAUGAGGAAGAGGAGGCUCAGCAGCGUAUGAGGGAACUCAAUAAAAGGAAGUUCCUUGCCUUGAACUGGCGCUGUAAAGAAAUUGAGCAGGUCAAUGAGAAGAUUCUUAACAGACUUCACCAAGUGCAAAAGAUAACACGGAGGUUGAAACAGGAAAGAAGAUGUCUGAUGAAAGUCUUGGAUUCCUAUGGAGAUGAUUAUAGAAAGAGCCAUCUUACCUUCUUGCUUGUGGAUGAGGACACUCGCACAUGUAAUACACCAACCCCUGCAAAUUCUGAAAAUGAACACCCAGAAAAUGAGGACCUCUCAAGGUGUCUGUCUGGGCCACCCCUUGGGUUAGAGGCUACUAGUCCAGAAAGUUCCUCUCUUGCAGAAGGACCUCCAACUAAGAGGAGAAAAAAGUACAAAGAGGAGAAAGACCUUGGAAAAAAUAUAAGCCCAUCUCUUCUUCCAACAGAGCCACUGCUAGCACAGGUGAAGAUAGAAGAGGAUUAUCUGUGUGAUGGGGACGAAGAACUCCCUCUCAGUUGGCGUCCCCUCAGCCCACGAGAUAAAAUCCUUCAGUACACAAAAUUCUCCAGCCCUGGACCCUGCCCUGACUUUGAUUAAUAAACCUAGCAGUUGCCUCCUUCCACUGAUAAAAUGACAUUUAGUCUGUUGGGAACAGUGGUAAUCUGUUGAUACAAUAAAAUGUAUUUAUUUAUGGAAGCUACAAAGGUAGGUUUCCUUUGUUUAGUAGAAAAUGUGAUCUGGAUAAAAUAGUUAAUUGGAUACUUAAUCCAAUUAUUAUCAUACUGAGAUGAUCUUCCAAAACCCAGUUACCAACUGCACAUUCCUACAUUUUACAAACUGCUGUGAUCAUGUCAGAAUCUUUUCACAAGAGAACUGUUAAAAAUUAAACGAUUUAGUUUCACCUACGUUCCUCAACUAUCUAAGCAGUGUGGCUCUCCUGCCAGGCCCAAUGUGCACGCUCAUAACACAGCAUGGAGUCUAUAAGCUGCAGAGUAGUACUUACUGCAGAGUAGCUCGCUUUCAUUCUGCUAAUUAAAAUUACCGUUAAAUGUAAGUCCUUUUUACGUAGAAUAUACUAUGGAAAGAAAAAAAAAAGGUUUCCUUUAACAAUGAAGGAUAUCAUGCUAGAGCAGAUUGUAAAUGGAUAUACCUGCUAAAGAUCUGUAUGUAAUAAAGAGGUUUUAUACUUUUUCAUUGUAAA